CAUGUGGGAGCUCCGGUCCGUGGCUUUCUCCAGGGCCGUGUUCGCCGAGUUCCUGGCCACCCUCCUCUUUGUCUUCUUCGGCCUCGGCUCGGCCCUCAACUGGCCAUCGAUGCUGCCCUCCGUGCUGCAGAUCGCCGUGGCCUUCGGCCUGGGCAUCGGCACGCUGGUGCAGGCUCUGGGCCACAUCAGCGGGGCCCACAUCAACCCUGCCGUGACUGUGGCCUGCCUGGUGGGCUGCCACGUCUCCUUUCUGCGUGCAGUCUUCUACGUGGCGGCCCAGCUGCUGGGGGCUGUGGCGGGGGCCGCUCUGCUCCACGAGAUCACGCCGCCCAAUAUCCGCGGGGACCUGGCUGUCAACGCGCUCAACAACAACGCGACAGCCGGGCAGGCCGUGACCGUGGAGCUCUUCCUGACUCUGCAACUGGUGCUCUGUAUCUUUGCCUCCACCGACAACCGCCGGGAGGACAACCUGGGCACCCCUGCCCUCUCCAUCGGCUUCUCCGUGACCCUGGGCCACCUCCUGGGGUGCUACUACACCGGCUGUUCCAUGAACCCUGCCCGCUCCCUGGCCCCGGCCGUCGUCACCGGCAAGUUCGAUGACCACUGGGUCUUCUGGGUCGGACCCCUGGUGGGCGCCAUCCUGGGCUCCCUGCUCUACAACUACGUGCUCUUCCCGUCGGCCAAGAGCCUGUCGGAGCGCCUGGCCGUGCUCAAGGGGCUGGAGCCGGACACCGACUGGGAGGAGCGCGAGGUGCGGCGGCGGCAGUCGGUGGAGCUGCACUCGCCGCAGAGCCCGCCGCGGAGCAGCAAGGCCUGAG